AUGGGCAUGGCAUGGUCCGCGUACGACGGGGCCAGAAGACUGCAGACGAUGCUGCCGACAAGCACGCAGUGCAACCAUUCGCAGUGCUUGAAGUUGUUGACGUUUAAGCUCGCGCUGCCGUUCAAGCUCGCGCUGCCGUUCAAGCUCUCGCUGUCGUUCAAGCUCGCGCUGCCGUUCAAGCUCGCGCUGCCGUUCAAGCUCGCAGCCGAGAGCGCCGAUGGCACCGACGACCGCGACCAUGGCACCGAGGUUGUCUAA